CAGAAAAUGAAAGCUGUAAGGCAUUUAAAUGCUUCUUGUGUUUUGCCUGUCCCAUUGUGUUGCUUAUAUUCUGAACUACUUUAGCAUAAGCUGAAGUCUUAGUUUGGUUAUCAUCAUCCUAAUAACCUUCAGUACCACGUCAAUGUCCAUUUUGAAAGAUAGUUAACCCGACCUAUUUAACUAAAAAUGGGAUACCAUACGAUUGGAAAGACAUUAUAUUUUUCAAUAAAUUUAUGCCUGGUGUUAUUACUGCUGUGGAGUGGUGUUCACUGGUAUACAGAUUCAGAAUCCAAUAGAUGUAUACUCACUCGGAUGAUGGGUUUUCCCGAAUACAAAGUAAAUUUUUAUUGAAUAGUUUAUCUUUAGGAAGUCAAUGUUGAUUGCCAACGGAAAUGCUACGUAGGCUAUGCCCUGUAUCAAUAUCGGGAAGGUUCUAGAUUCCGGUAUUUCACAAAAUUUUAUAAUGCUUAUUUUAGAUCCGGACUCUACAAUUCGCCAGUUUUGUUUAUUACAGGUUCUCAAGGAAGUUUCAAGACAGUCAGAUCAUUAGCAACAACUGUCUAUAAUUUUGCACAAUAUAGUUCAUCACUUGAUUACUACAGUGUUGAUUUCAAUGAAGAACCGUCUGCUCUCAGUGGUGAAAUUAUUGAACGUCAAACUGAUUUUGUGGAUAAAGCGAUCGACACUAUUUUAGGAACAUAUGCUAACCGACCUAAUCCUCCUGAACAUAUCGUGUUAAUAGGUCAUUCUGUUGGUUCUGUAGUAAUUUUCAACUUGUUAUCAUCACGUUGGAGUAUAACUCAAACUAAAGUUAAAUUAGUUUUAUCUUUGGCUGGUCCAAUUUAUCAACCAGUUAUUUUGCCAGACCGUUCAAUGGCGCAAAUUUAUCAACGUAUACACAAUUAUAUGGAUCAGAUUUCAAAUAUUUCCAAUUAUCCUUUAGUAAUUAUAUCAAUUACAGGUGGUUCUCGAGAUCGAAUUGUAAGCAUUCAUUGUUUAUAUUAAUUAGCCAUUACUGUCUGUAUAUAUUUUCAACGUUUUUGAAUUCUUUAACAAAAACCUGUUUCAACACUAGAUGUAAGUUUGUGGUGUAUGCUAAUUAUGUUAACAGACAUAAGUAAUAUGUAAUACCAAUCAAAAGUUGAACUCCUAACAGAAAAGAAGACUGAGAAGGUCGAAUUGAAGAAAAUAGAAAGGAAUUGUGAAUUGUAAGAAUCAAACAGAAUGUAAAAGAGAAUUGAUAGAAAAUUUACAAAUGAAGCAUUUAGUGUGUAUGGUUCUUAUAUUUUACGAAGAUAUUCUAUAAUUUUGUAUAAUAUAAUAAAUUGAUUUUCUUCCCUUUAAUCUCGUUCACCACAAGUCUACAUAGUCGUUAAUUCAAAGUCAUCAAUUGACAUAAAAUUACAAAUUUUCUUUAUAAAACUUCAUUAGAAUUUGCUAACUAUUCUUUCACUAUGUCAGUCAGUUAUUUAGUUAUGAUCAAAGUAUCGUUUGGCACACAUAUAUAGACAUCGGUCGAAAUUAAUAAAUUAAUGAGGUACGGCAACUUGAACCAAUACAUAUGUGCCUAGUCCUACAUUGUAUAUGAUCACAUUCUAUUGUGAUUUGAUAAAAUACUUAUGAAGUUGAUUAUUUGAAAUCCUUUUGAAAGGUGGUUUAUAUUUAAUAGCGAAAAUAGUAUUAACUUAAAACAUGAGUUACAGACUUUACAUUCGGAAUGUUGGAAGCUUUUUUAGUGAGACUAUAAUUUAUGGACAAAUCAAUCAGAUUUAAGAUAACAGGUCUUGAAUUCUAACUCAAAAUUCAUUCAUUUAUUUGGCUAAAUAACGUUUGGGAAUUAUAGCUGAUGUCAGUUCAUGUUGAAAAACGAUAAAUCUAAUUCCUUACCUUGACCAUCAUCUGAAAAUUCUAUUUCUUCACAUUAAUUUAUAACCCUCAAUUAGUCCUAGUUAUUAGGUGGCCACUCUCAAGGUCACCUUAGCGUCGCAAAAACGUCGUCCAUAAAUUAUAGUCCCACCUCUUUUUUUAUUGAGCAAGUUAAUUUCGACUCGGGUAGUUAUUCGUAAUCAAGAUGAAGUUGGACAUGAAUGUUCGUUGAUUCACGUUGCCAAUACCAACAAGGUGAAGAAUAACGGAAUCGAAACAAUCGUUACAUCAAUGAUAAGAAGACAAACUAAACAUCAAGCGUAUGAUUCAACAGAAUGGAAUCAAUAGAUAAUUUUGAGGAAAAACUGAAACUAAAGAUCUUCGUUAAGAUUAAACAGUGAAUGCAGCUCUUCCACUUUAACUGACUCUGAGCCAUUUCGUCUAAAUUGUCAACCAAUAAUCUCUGUUUGAAGAUUGUUUACUGGAAAAAGAACGUAAUUCUGAACAAAUAAAUCUUGGUUAGAAUGUAAAACACUGAAUGCCGAAACUUUAUGUAAUUUGUUCAUGAUAAUUCCAUAUAAAAAUGUUGUUAUUUACUAAUGAAAGUCUUAAAUUAGAUUUCUUUGCUACGUCUGUUUUGAAUAGAUCAAUAAUUUUAUCAGGCUCGUUGGUGGACGUAGACAUCAUUAAGUAGAAAAUUUAUAUCAUUAUGCGGUUGUAGAGGUUGCUGAAUUUAAUUGGAAUCACAAACCAGUCUAUGUUGGAAAAGCAUGUAAAAUCUGGACGGCCGUUUCGUUCUAGUACAGGGCUCUUUAGAUGUGUGCAUCCAUUACCCUGUGUCCGGAAAUCGAACUCAGGAACUUCGGUCUCACGUGCAAACGCUUAAUUUCUAGACCACUGAGAUGGAAUACAGUGAUUUACAUAUAAGUUAAUUUAAUAUCGUGACUAGCUUCAAGAUUCAACUUCUAGAGUUCUAGUGAGAAUGUGCUACCAGUGGAGUUCAACCAUGUCGAGUGUGAGGAAGUUUUCCAUCCAAGACAAUGGAAAACGGUCGCACAAUACCGUGGAUUUAUUGAAUUUAGUCUUUAACACCACUGUUUCUCAGCUCAAUGGUCUAGGCGUUAAGCGUUCACAUGCGAGUCCGAAGUUCCUGAGUUUCAUUCGGGUCAUGAAUGCGCACUGAUGAGGAGUCCUAUAAUAGAACGACAUGACUGUUCAUUGCUUUCUGGUUCUUAAUGGUUAAUUUUGUCUACCUUCUAUAGGAUUCAGUGAUGUAUGCAUAUUUAGUACAUGUGGAAUAAUAUGAAUAAAAAUGUACGGUUAACGAAGAAAUUUAAUUAAAUAGAACCGAUAGAAUUUGUUAAAUACUGAAUGACUAAGCCAACAUACAAUUGGUUACUACUCAAUGAUCUGAUCUAUUCAUGCUAGCUAACUGAAAUAGUACACUAUAUAAGCUGUAUGCUAUAUACUUGAAAUAUUGAAUUCGUUGAGUCGGCUUCCGGAGAACUUCAACGGAGCCUCCAGAGGCCCAUAAGGAGCCGAAGGGUCCUAGCCAAUCAGAGUAUGAUGGAACAUUCGAGAAUUCCAAUGUGGCGUGCUACUAUUGGUCGGCAGCGUAAUAUGUCGUUAACGGAUUGGCUGAAAAUAUGAUGUUGAUUCAACAGACGCCAACAUCUAUAAAUACCCAUGAUUUUCUGUACAAAAAUAAACCUUGGGAUAAAGUAUUUUCUCUCAUACUUGUGUCUUCUCUCUGGUGUUCAAGUCGCUGUGUAGUUCUAGACUGCGGGUUACCGGAAUAGCUUAGGAAACUAAUAUAGCGUUCAGUCCACACGACUUAUCAGAAUUGUUAACUAAAUUUUAAACUAUUCUACUUUACCACCUGAACGAUGAAAAUAAUCAAAAUUAUAUAUUUUUUCUCAAGCUUUACUUUCAGAGUUAAUUAACAAACUGAAAAUUAAGGUAAUUAUGAUGGUAAAUGACUUAAUGUGUUCUUUCAGUUUCUGGUAUAAUUUCAAGAGUAUUCUUUGGUAAAUAUUUUCUAACAGUGUUAAGAUCUUCACUUGGUUAUUAUACACUAGAAUUUUACCAUUGAUGUUUUGAAAACUGCAAUUGAUCAGUUUCUUAUUGCCAUAUGUGCAUACUUUGCGGAUUGUCUUAAUAUUUCCUGAAGUCACAAGCUUUAUAAACAAAGAUGGAUAUCGGCUAACAGUGGAAUCAAGAACGCGCGUUUCGUCCUGUCUGAGACUCGUCAUCUGGAUGUGCCUGGAUUUCAGAGAUGAUGUUUACUCUGGGAGUCGAAGCCAGUAUCUUUCGCUUCAGUAUGCACAUAUGCCAAUAAGUGACUGAUCAAUUGCAAUCCUAAACAUCAAUCGGAAGAUUCAAGUAAAACAACACCAAGUGAAUUUAAAAUUCACCCCAUUGCACAAGCAAAAGUGGCUAUCAGGACUCAGUAUAUAAGUGGAUAAUGUGAUGGUGAUUGAAGCGAACGGGACUGGGUUCGAGCCCGGGAGUAAACAUUAUCCAGCUGACGAUUCCCAAAUAGGACGAAACGCGCAUUCUGGAUUCCACUGCCAUCCACUAUCCAUCUUUGCUUAUAGUCUUAAGAACUAUUGCAAAUUGUACAUCAUACUAUAUACUGUCUAUAUUUUGGUAAGAAUUUAUCACAAUGAUUUUCAGAAAAUUUUAGAUGAAGUUAAAUUAGGAAAGAUGAAACUGUUAUACGUUACGUAAAUUACUAUUAUUUAAUUAUACACCUACUACUGAGUUUAAGAUCAGUUAUGACUUCAUUAUGAAUAUACUGUGAUUUAUUGUAGUCCUAUCACUGAAGGAUGUAAUCUUGUACGUUUUUAAGUCAUAGAACAAUACAAUAAAUAGAAAGUCUUCUAUCUUCCUGCACCUCUUGACCUUUGGGGAGAUAAAGAGCUAUGUGCAUCAAUAGGGGUUGAUAUCUCUGCUUGUUUUUAUCAGUCUUUUGUGUUAUUGUUUAAUCUAAAGGUCAUUCGUCUGGUUAGCAUAAAUCUAACUCUUUAUUUAAUAAACUAUAAUCCGUAACAUACAACUUUUGGGAGGUUUAUAUCUAACCUGAAGAUUCUUUGUAUUUUGGGGUGUCUUCGAUAUGGUUUAUAUGCAAGAAUCUGGAAGAGAAGAGGUGACUGAAUGACUCAGCACAUAGAAUACACUUUCUUACGAUAAUGCAGGAAAUCGACAAUAAUCAGUAAUAAUUAGAGAAUAAAAUAUAAACUAUCCGAUAAUAGAAAGAAGAAAUUAGUAGCCUAUGAAUUCAAAUGUGUUACGAAUCGAAUAAUCACAUUUAGUUGGUAACGUAUUCAGUUUUAAUUUGUCAAUAAAAAUGUAUGUAUUCCACCUACAAAUAUACUGUAAUUUUUAUUUUUGUAGGUUCCUGAUUUACUUGGAAAUAUUGAUCAAGCUUAUCCUGUUUUAAAUUCACUCAGUUUAUCCACAUCUGCAAUUCAGCAUGUUUGGGCGUCUUGUGAUCAUCGAUGUAUUCUUUGGUGUUUACAAUUGAUGUUGGUAUUGAACAAAGGUUUACUUGUACACAAUUCAUUUUCUUCAGAUCCUAUCAGUCGUUUGAAUGUAUUUCGUAAUCUACUUAUUACAAGACCUUUGUUAUCAUAUACUAUUCAUCAUGAUCAUGAUAAUUAUCAAGAAUCCAACUUCAAAUUGUCACAAACAAUUUCAUCAGAUAUGUUUUGGAUUGAUAAAACAAAUCAACUGAAUUAUAUCAUGAAUUUUUAUGUGCCCUAUAAUGGUCUACUAGUUAAAUUUGGUCCAUUUUUCUUCAAUCCAGAACAACAUAUUUUGAUCUUGGUCACUAAUGCACCUGACGACUGGCUUCAUUUAUGCAUUGAAAUAAAUCAUACAAGUAAUAAACAUUGUGAUUAUUUUGUUCCGAUUUCGUCAUCACUUGUCACUUGGUUACCGGAUCCAUUAACUGGAAGAUCGAUUGCAGCUGGUUUAAUUACAUUACCAAUGUUACAAAAAUUAAAUGUGUUUCACAGCUUAUCACUACCACUUACAAAUCAAGAAAGGAUUGAUGAGUUAAAGUUGUAUUUAUUAAUCUCAAGUGGUAUAAAUCCAUUUUGGGAUAAUAUGACAAUCUUGUUUGAUACAUUCGAUAAUGCUACUGAACGAAUUCAUUCAAAUCUACCAUAUUAUCCAAGUAUAUCAUCCUAUUUUGGUGAAAAUUCCAUAAUAACUUUCAAUCCUAAUAUAACAGGAGUAUUUCAUCGUUUUUAUUUACCGAAUAAAAAUUAUUAUCUAAGCUCAUCUACAAUUGGACCAAAUUUAUUGAUUAAACGAACAAAUUGUUCUGCUGAUAAAAGAUUUAUGGGAAUGGUUACUUUGAAUACAAUUUGGUGUAAUUAUUUUCAUUAUGUUACAAUUGAAAAUGACAAAACAGAAAUAUCUUUUCAACUUCCAAUAUCAUCGAUAUCCUUUUCAAAUUAUUUAAAAGAAUCUCCUUCAUUUAUUGAUUUCUAUUUGGAUCCAAAUUGUGUUUAUGAAGUGUCUUUUUAUUAUUCUCUAAUUAGUUGGUUUUCUCAAUUGAUUCGUCUUCAUUGUACACAUUUUGGUGGAUUACUAUGUGGACAUUUAGUAUUAUCAUUAGUUAUAUUAACAUUUCGAUUAAUCUCAUUUAAUGAAAAUCAUUUCUUGCCAAUCUCUCAUCAUAACUUCUUAUCAAUAAUUCGUGAGAUAUAUUAUCAUCAAGUUGUUGUUUUACUACAUUUUCUCAGUUUUCAACUAAUAUCUUUACCUUAUUCUGAAUGGAUUGAAUUACAACAAAUUGGACAACUUGGUUUACGUUUCAUUCAUACAAUCAAAAUAUUAUCAUUUAUUGAUUUUUCUAAUAAUUUAAUAUUGAUUUUAAAUCAUUUACCAUUAUUGAUUAUAUCAAUACCAUAUGGAUUUAUAAUACCAUUAUUAAAUGUUAUUAUUGAUAAAGGAUUUUUAUUCUUAUUAUCAUUAUCAUCAUCAUCAUCAUCAUCAUCAUCAUCAUCAUCAUCAUCAUCAUCAUCAUCAUCAUCAUCAUCAUCAUCAUCAUCAUCAUCAUCGUCGCAAUUCAUUCAUCGGAAUAAUUAUUCUAUAAUGAAACAUAAUGAUAAUGUUAUUUCAUCUUCUACAUGGAUUAUGAAUGUUUCAACAUUGUUUAUUCUAUCUAUUGCUUGGUUAUUAACUGAAUCAUUGGCUGUUCUCUUACUCAGCUUAUUAUUAUUGAUCAAUAAUAUUUUAUUUGAUCAACAAAAUUAUAUUAAGAAUAUACAAAAAUCAUUAUGUAAUCAUAAUCAUAAUCCAUUCAUUCAAUUAAUCAAUAAUAAUAAUAAUGAUAAUAAUCAAUAUCAAAUAAUAAAAUAUCAAUUAAAAUUAUAUUAUUUAAUUAAAUGUCGUUUAUUUAUUUUAUUAUUGAUUAUUAAUUUAUUGAUGUUAAAUGAUUGGAUAUUAUUUAUUGAAAGAAUUCAAUUAUUGGAUUAUUAUAAUAUUUCUAGUUUCUUUUUACAUUAUUCAUCUAUUUUACAAUUUCAUCAUAUUAUAUCCAGUACUUUCAUUCUAUUAUGUACAUCAAUAUGGUUAUUACAAUUUGGUAUAGUUCAUAUUAUUCAAUCGUCAUCUUCCUCCUCCUCGUGCUCCUCAUCCUCAUCCUCCUCCUCCCCCUCAUCAUCAUCACAAUCAUCAUCUUUAUUGUUGUUCUAUGGUUGUCAUAGUAACAAGCACUUCAAUAUUAAUACUACUAAUAAUUUUCCACUAUAUAAAUUUUUAAUAUUUUGUUGUCAAUUCAUUAUUAUUUGUUUAUUAUUUAAUUUAUUUAAUUUAGCUAGAUCAUUUCAUAAGAUGAUACAAUUUACUAUAUUUAGCCUUGAAUGUAUUAGUUUAAUGUUAUGGUUUUCAUGUAAAUCUUACACUAUGAAAAUAAAAAAUUGACCAAAGUUUUUCUUUUCUUCUUUUUUUUCUCUCUCUCUCUUUUUCUCUCUCUUUCAUAUCAAUAAUAACAGAAAAGAAUUGAUUUGUUGUUAAGCACCUAUAAAUUUUGAAUGGAAUCUCUUGUUGAUUUAUAUGAGUAUGCUGUACUGUCGAAAAGUUUUUUUUACCUAUUUACUUACGCUUGUUACUAACUCAAAUACCUUUGUACAACUGAGAGUGGGGAGAAUCAGCUCUCCCCUCUACAAAUACUCUCAUAUUGGCUAUGUGCAUACAAUCACUGACAGGGAAGUCCUACUUAUUGCGUUCUCACGGCGGCGGCGGCGGCGUUGUUUAAGAAAUUGAGAUGAUAAAAAGCGAAUGUCCAGAGCUUUAACUGGAUUGGUGGAUAUGCAGAAUUCAUCUAGGGGGAGUUAGGAAACCUUCAUUUCAAAUCAAUAGUAUACAUGGGUUCCAGUAUCCUGAAGGAACAAAUGGCGUAUGAAUCAAUUAUUGGUUACUGGUUACCAUGGGGCUACAUCUCUUCACGUUGCUCCACUACCUUGUGGAUUAGACCUUUAGGACAAAACUCGAGGUGUGGCCUCCUAAGAAAACCAACUGCUACGGUUUUUGCACCAGAGAAUGUGAAGUUAGUAUUCUGAGUACUAGAUAAUUAUGGGAAAUAGACUGACAAGGUAAUGAGAAAGUAGGGACACGUUUUACAUGUGCCCAUCCACAGAAAACCUCUACGGGUAAUGUUGUUUUAUGUAGAAGUAGGUUGGAAGAAAUUCACGGCGCCCAAAUCAUAGCAACGUAUCAGUCCAUUAACUCACUGACAAUUAGGCUGAGCCAUGUUAACAGUGUAGAUUGCCUAUUUAAGGUUUUCAUGGUCAUCGCAAUCAGUGGUUAUUGAGACUUUGAUUGACAAGAUACGAAAUAUUUCUCAAUGACCACGAUGCAUUCACUAUUUAUCUUCCUUUUAAAUUCUGAGUUCCUAGAUUCCUUAUCAAUUCUUUCACUCCAUUAAUCAAUAUUUUGUUCUCGAAUUGUAUCUUGGAUGACUUAUCUUUUCUCUAACCAUUAAUCUUGUUGCCACCUAAUGCCGGUGGUAAUCAGGUACAGCAAAAUGAACCGAUGUCAAAUGUGUCAAGUUCUACAUUACGUUUGAAUGAUUAAAGAAAACAGUUUCUCCAAGUAGAUUAAGCACUUCAGCUAAGGCUGUAAAGACUCUAAAGAUGAAUAGAUGAAGACGAGUAAAAUAAUCAAAGGAAUAAUGACCAUAUAGGGAAAUAACAUAAAUAUGAACUGAAGAAUUAUAUUAAGCACUUGAUUUCCAGGGAUGUAUUAAACAAUACGAAUGGAGAUGGGAUAUUUUGAACAACCUACAAUUAAACUCCACAACUUUAGUCCAUAAAUCCAAUGAUCAAACUAUAUACGUCUAUAUCAAGAGAUCAAUUCAAACUUGAAUACGAAACAUGAGAAAUAUUUAAUUUUCUCAACGAAUAAAAAAAUAUCUUAAGAUAAAGCGAUCUUAAUAGUUGAGAUCAUGAGUAAAUUGAAGCUAGACCAUCAUGGAAAACCUAGAAGCACUGGAUGAAUGCUUCGUCCUAGUAUGAGACUCCUCAGAAGUGCAUGCCCACGACCUCGUACCUGAGGAUCCUAACCCAGGACCUAUCGGUCUCGCGCUCAAAUCCUUAACCUCUAGACCACUAGUGGAGUUCAACCAGGUCUGUUGUGAGAUAGUAAUUCACUUAGGAUAAUAGUGGAUGGUGGCGCAAUUUCUUGAAUUCGUUGAAGUUAGACAUUAACACCGUUGGAUGCCGGCUUAGUGGGUUAGAGGUUAAGCGUUCGCACGCGAUACUGACGGGUCCUGGGUACGAAUCUCGCGAGGCGGUAUCGUGGAUGCGCACUGUUGACGAGUCCGAUACUAGGAUGAAACGGCCAUCCAGUGCUUCCAGGUUGUCCAUGGUGAUCUAGCUUCCAUUUACUCAUGAUCUCAACUCUUAGAAUUGCAAUAAUAUCCAUAAAACCUUUUUCUGUAAUGCGAUUUGGGCGAGACUGAUUUAUAGACAACCUUUGAACGGAUCUUAAGCCACCUUGAGAAAUAUUAACCAAUCAACAAACAGUCGGUAUAGAGUAAAAAUGUGUUAUACAAAACCAAUGAAAUAAAGUGGAUACACUUCUAUACGUGGUUCAAAAACUUGUCAAGGUUAGAAAGAGGCUCAGAGGUUCUAAAGUAAUGCAUACAGUAGAGGAAAUCGUCCAUACGGCUACAAAAUAGUCGGCCUCUGGAGCCAUGAUCAAGUCACAAAAACUCUUUCAGCCUCGGUCACAUAGCUUCAAUAUUGUUUAUGUGCACAAAAUGCUACUUGUGGAUAACGACACGAUGCACAUAACGAAGCCUAUGUAGGAGUCUAUACGCUCUCCAAUCAUUCGUAUAUAUUGUAGUACGUGGCUGCAGCCAGUGUUACUGGUGCUUUUACUAUCCAGUUCUCGAUAAUUGUCAUAAUUUGCCUUAGUCAGGAAUUAUAAAUGGGGUUUUCAUCACGAACUGAUAUCAGCUAUAAUGCCAAAAAUUUAUUUAGCCAAAUGGAUGAAAGGAUUUCGCGUUAAAACCCGAGAUCUAUUAUCUUAUACCUGAUUCGUCGACAAAUCAUAGUCUUGCCGUUUUAUUUGUUAUAGCCUCUCAAUUAUCACGUUUUGUACAAAAUUCCCUGUGAACCGAUCGUAUGUUAGCAUGAAGCACUGGAGUUGGCGCCGUAACCUUGAAAUCUGUAAAACGCCUCGGAUUGGUUCGUCCGUAAAUUAGAGUCUCGCCGCGAUUUGUUUAUAUGUUGAAUUAAUAUAAACUAAACUACCAUUUAAAAAAAACUAACUAAAAACCAAUACACAGUUAUUUCACCUCAAUAUAGAAUUCAUCAUCAACAUUAUUUAUAUCCAUGAUCGUGAAAGUAAAAAUCAAACAAAUAACCUUCAAUCUUAAACGUCAUUUAAUUAGAUGUUAAGAGUCACCUAUCAACAACAGCAACAAAACUUCUAUAUAUAUGUAAUUCUAUCGAUAACUCUUCAUCAUUAUAUAUAUAUAUUUACUUAGACCUGUUACUCUUCGUGGAGGAGCAUAGGCCACCCACCAGCAAUCUAUCCAACCCUGUCCUGGGCAAUUCUUUCGAGCUCAUUAUAUUAUUUACUUACUUUACUUACGCCUGUUACUCCUAAUGGAGCAUAGGCCGCUGACCACCAUUCUCCAACCCACUCUGUCCUGGGCCUUCUUUUCUAAUUCCAUCCAAUUCUUGUUCAUUUUUUUCAUGUCUAUUUCCAUUUCUCGGCGUAAUGUGUUGUUUGGUCUUCCUCUCAGCCUUUGGCCUUGAGGAUUCCAAGUGAGGGCUUGUCUUGUGACACAGUUGGGUGCUUUCCUCAAUAUGUGUCCUAUCCACUUCCAGCGCUUCUUCCUGAUUUCUUCCUCCACUGCAAUCUGCUUUGUGCUCUCCCACAAUAAGUUGUUGCUGAUAAUGUCUGGCCAACGGAUCCGAAGUAUUUUGCGUAGACAACUGUUAAUAAACACUUGUAUCUUCU